CAUAGUAAGACGUCUUUCUUAUGUCGAUCAACUAAGCACUCUCAGAAGCUAGUCAGCCAUCCUUUUCUAAGCCGGCUUGGUCCCUUACGAAUUUUCGCGUUUAUUUAUUAUUUUUAAAUGUAAUGCGAAAGUAGUGCUAAGGAAUAACAAUUAAGAUGCCAUCUAAUCAUGAACCUAUUUCCAAUUGGGCAGAUGAAGUGGAAGAUGAGGGAACUGUCAGCCUCCCUCCACCAACAAUUGUUUAUGAAAAUGACUUUAAAAUAAUGAUGGAAUAUAAGUUGAACGAUGAUAAUAAGAAAGUCAAAGUAGUGCGUACAUACAAAAUUGAAAAGCGUACUGUUUCCAAAAGCAUUGCUGUUCGUAAAAAUUGGGUCAAAUUUGGUGAUUCGGCCAAUGAUGGACCAGGUCCAAACCCAGCAACUACAGUUAUUGCUGAAGAUGUAUUCAUGCAAUUCCUGUCCAGUAAAGAAGAGGAUAAUAAGGUGGAAGAAGAUUCUCUCGACAAGCUUAAGAGCAUGGGAGAUAAAGGAGUUGUGAAAUGUCGUAAUUGUAACGGGGAUCACUGGACCUCAAAAUGUCCAUUUAAAGAUACAGUUCUUGGAGACACUAAAGUUGUGGACGACAAAAAGCCACUUAACCCUGUUACUGAAGCACCAAGUAUGCCAGACAAACCUCAAGGUAGCAAGUAUGUCCCUCCAAGUAUGCGUGAUGGUGGUAACAAAAGAGGUGAUUCCAUGCAAAUGCUAAGGAGAGAUGACACUACAGCCAUUAGAAUAUCAAAUCUGUCAGAGAAUACCACUGAUGCAGAUCUAGAGGAGUUAGUCAAACAGUUUGGUGCUAUUCAGAAACUUUACUUGGCUAAAGAAAAGAAUACAAAUGUUUGCAAAGGAUUUGCUUAUGUUCAUUUUAAAUCGCGAGCUGAGGCUGCAAGGGCUAUCGCUGUACUGAACGGUCACGGAUAUGAUCACUUGAUUCUCAGUGUAGAUUGGUCAAAACCUCCCGCACAAAAUAAUUAA